AAGACCGAUAAACUGUCGUAGGGAAGGAAAAUGUUGUCCCUCGGAGUUAUCUCGGGAAUGCAAAAAUCUCUGUUAUCGAGCUCUACAGAGAAACUCCUAUUUUUCUACCCAAGAAACGUUUCUUACGGUAUCCCCACAAACAGAAGGCUUUGUUCUUGCUAUACCUACUCUUUUCAAAGAAACGUUUCGGGAACUUCCGCCCUUUCCACUUCUCAAACCAGUCUUCCUUUAGCAUCGGAUUCCACUCCAGAAGAAUCUCCUCUUUCUGGAGUUGAGGAUGUUUUGGCGAGCUACGUCUUUGGCAAGAAGAAGGCCACUGAAGUUGCUCACAGGGUAUGGGAGCGAGUGGUCCGGAAAGGAGAUACAGUCAUUGAUGCAACUUGUGGCAAUGGUUAUGAUACCUUAACAUUGCUAAAAAUGGUUGCUGAUGAAUCUCAUCAGGGUCGUGUUUAUGGUUUGGAUGUUCAGAAAGCUGCUUUGGAGAGCACAUCUUCUUUGCUGGAACAGUCAGUCAGUUCAAAUGAGAAAGAACUUGUUAAGCUCUUCCACAAGUGUCAUAGUAAAAUGGCAGAAGUUCUUCCGGGAGAUAUUUUGGUGAGGCUUGUUGCUUUCAACCUAGGCUACCUUCCUGGUGGUGAUAAAACGGUGAUCACCGAGCCACAAACGACACUCGAAGCACUGAAAGUUGCAAAGAAUAUCCUAAUGCCUGGAGGAUUAAUCAGCUUAGUCGUUUAUGUGGGGCAUCCUGGUGGAUGCCAAGAAUUGGAGACUGUGCAAGAAUUUUCUUCUGAAUUAUCAGUUGACAAUUGGAUCUGCUGCAAGUUUCAGAUGCUGAACAGACCACUAUCUCCAGUUCUUAUUUUCUUGUUCAAGAAAUGUUAAACACCAUUUUAACGAUAACAAUUUUUACAAAUUUGAUUAUAGUUUUUUUAUACAAUCCUUUCAAGCAUGUGACUAGUCAGUUGAUCAGAAAACUAACAAUGUUUGCUGUGUUUUCCACAAGAAAUUAACGUAGAGUUU